AUGAGUAAAAGGCGCCGUGCAUCAUCAUGCGCGAGUCGAGGACCCGACGGCGAUGAUAGUGAUGAUGGAGUUGAGCUGAGUAACCCUGGACCUCCGCCUUCCAGGAAAAAGAAAAAGAUGGAACCGAGUGAAAUUUGCCAACAAUUGUACGAUAUUAUUCGGUCAUAUAAAAAGGAAGACGGGACUCUUUUGUGUGAUUCUUUCAUAAGAGCUCCCAAAAGGCGGCAAGAACCUCAGUAUUAUGAAGUAGUAUCCCAACCAAUCGAUUUAUUAAGGGUGCAACAAAAGUUAAAAACAGAUACCUAUGAAGAUAUAGAAGAAUUGUCUGCUGAUAUUGAACUCUUAGUUAACAAUGCUAAAGCUUUCUACAAACCUGAUUCGGAGGAAUAUAAAGAUGCUACGGAUCUAUGGAAGCUUUAUAAUAAGCAUAGACAGACAUUAGAAAAUGGUGAUGACAUGAAAACCCCAAAACUAUCAAGAAAUGGUUCAUCGAGCAGAAGAUCCGAUGUGGCCGAGGAUACAUCAGAAACAUCAACAAACAACGAGGAAGACAAUGUGUUUGAGGAACUUUUCAAUGCUGUCAUGACAGCAAAUAUCGGAGGACGACCUCUCUAUCCGCCAUUUCAAUUUCUGCCAUCGGAACGGAGAUAUCCAGAAUAUUACAGUGUGAUAGACAACCCUAUCGACUUGAAAACCAUAGCACAGAAGAUUCAGGCUAGCGAAUACAACACUCUUAAUGAUUUGGAGAAGGAUUUGUUAUUAAUGGUGUGGAAUGCCUGUCUAUUUAAUGAACCUGGGUCACAGUUGUAUAAAGAUGCCAGGGCAUUGAAAAAGGUUAUACAAGCUCGCAAACAAGAGAUAGAUCAGCACGGUCGUAGUGGUCCAGCCAAGACGUCUGAACGUAUCCGCAGCAAGCGUACUUCACGCGUAGGGCCAGUGCCCUCCAGUAGGGCUCUGGCCGUCAUGGAAGCCCCCGGGUCUGAUACUGAACCAGAUGUUAAGCAUUCAGAAGACAGUGCUGGUGAUAGUGAUGAAGAUAAAGGUGAUAAUGAAGAUUCACCUCAAUGGAAGCUUUUGGAAACUGUGAGGAAUCACUUGGGACCAAACGGAACACCAAUGGCGGAUCCGUUCUGGAAGCUUCCAUCGCGUCGCGAAUAUCAAGAUUACUACAAGGAAAUAAAGAAUCCGGUGUCUUUGAAUCAAAUCAAAAAUAAAAUCAGACGCGGGAGUUACGGCACGUUGUCAGAAGUAGCGGGAGAUAUGAACAUAAUGUUUGAGAACGCUAAACAAUAUAAUCUACCUACAUCGAGGCUUUAUAAGUACGCUGUUAAACUACAGAGGUUGAUGCAGCAAAGAGUUCAAGAGUUAUUGGAUAUAGUGCAAAGUUCAUCGAGUGAUGAUGAAAGCCUCUCUUCCGUUAAGAAUCAGGCUCAAGCAAACACUCCAAGACCCAGAGGUCGGCCUCGUCUUAAUCCAAACCCCGUAUCAUCGCCGACCCCUGCGUCUCCUAUAGUACCAAAAACCAAUUUACCGCUCAAGAAGAAACUACAUUACGUAUCGAAGCAAUUAGUUGAGUUCACAUGCUCGGACGGCAGACAGCCAAUGUUAUUGUUUAUGGAGAAACCCAGCAAGAAAUUGUACCCUGAAUACUAUAAUGUGAUCGAGCGGCCCAUUGAUAUGUUGACUAUAGAAGCUAAUAUUAAGAACGAUCGCUACAACACAAUAGACGAGAUGGUUUCUGAUUUCCGGCUCAUGUUUUCAAACUGUCGUCAAUUUAACGAAGAGGGUUCCAUGAUUUACGAAGACGCGAACCUUCUAGAACGUGUUCUAAACGAAAAGCUGAAGGAAUUGAAUAGCAAUUAUGAAAGGAAAGUGCCUCCUAAAACGUUUAAAGCCGCCAAGUCUAAACAGUUGACACCGUUCGAACAGAAAUUACGUACUUUAUAUGACGCUAUCAGGGAUUAUAGAGACCCUAAAGUGAACAGACAAUUAGCUUUAAUAUUUAUGAAGCUACCAAGUAAAACAGAAUAUCCAGAUUACUAUGAACUUAUCAAGAAUCCUAUAGAUAUGGAAAAAAUUGCUCAUAAACUGAAAAAUGGUCAAUACACCAGUGUGAAUGAACUUGCUUCAGACUUCAUACUUAUGUUUGAUAAUGCUUGUAAAUACAAUGAACCAGACUCACAGAUAUACAAAGACGCUCUCAUACUACAAAGAGUGUGUUUACAGACUAAACAGUUAUUAAGGGAGGACGAGGAUGCUGUCCCGGAUGUAGCUGGCGCUGUUCAAGAUCUUUUAUUGACUCUUUUCACUGGAGUAUACAAUCAUCAAGAUGAAGAAGGGAGAUGUUAUUCCGACAGCAUGGCAGAGCUGCCGGAGCACGAUGAAGUAGCGAAUGGCGAGAAGGUCCGGGCGAUAUCACUAGACUUAGUGAAACGACGCCUCGAUAAGGGCCUCUACAAACGACUGGAUCAUUUCCAACAGGAUAUGUUUGCUGUUUUUGAACGCGCCCGUCGCCUCUCGCGCACAGACAGUCAGAUAUUCGAGGAUUCAGUGGAACUUCAGACAUACUUCAUCGAUCAACGAGAUCAGUUGUGUCGGAACACACUCACCUCGCCCGCGUUGGCGAUCACAAGGGACACUAUAGCUACUAGCGUGGAAUUAGUGAAGCAGUGCAAGCUGUUACAGGAAAAUGAUGAGGAAGAUGAGACGAGAUCUAGCACCGAGGAUACAAUAUCCGGGACCGCGCCGCCCUCUCAGUACGGGCGAGGCGACUUCGUGUACGCGCCCGCUAAAGGAAGCAAGGAGCCUUCCAUACUACAGAUAGAGAAAAUCGCUACAAACAGUGACAAUGUACCCGUUAUAUACGCCAAUGUAUACUACAGACCUCACGAAACGUUCCACGUGCGCACGCGCAAGUUCCUCCAACAGGAAGUGUUCAAGACGGACACACACCGCACAGUUCCAUUGGACGCUAUCAUAGGCACCUGCUACGUCAUGAACGUCAAGGAAUACUUCAAGUAUAGACCGGAAGGUUAUCUCGACAAAGAUGUUUACGUGUGCGAGAGUCGUUACAACACUAAACAUCGUUGGUUCAAGAAGAUCAAGGUUUGGGAGGGCGCUGAGAAAGAGGCCACUCUAGUACCAAGAGACGUGCCGUUAGAACCGAACAGAACAGUUUCAGUGUUCCGUGAAAGAGUCGAGAAACAUAAAGACGAGUUAGCUGAAUUGGAAGUGCUCGAAAAUGUACAAGAAAAAGAACGACCUGACGUGGUGAUGUACAAUCCUUUGGGCACCGACGAUGAGAACACCUAUUACGAGCAAUACAAUACGGUGUGCUCGGGGGUCAUCAAGACCGGGGACUUUGUGUAUGUGGUGACGGACGGGGGCAAGCAGAUACUGGCGCAGGUCGAUACUAUAUGGGAGACGGGAGACAACAAAUGUUAUUUCCGCGGACCAUUCCUCAUCUUCCCAUCUGAAGUUUCACACAUCAUUAAUAAGCCCUUCUACAAGCAAGAGGUCCUAUUAACCACAAUGCAUGAUACUAGCCCACUCGUGGGAAUAGUGGGCAAGUGUGCAGUACUUGAUUACGAUGAUUACCUUAAAUGUCGACCUACGGAAAUAGCGGAAGCGGAUGUGUACGUGUGUGAGUCGUUAUAUGAUGAGUCAAAUAGACUCGCGAGGAAACUGAAAUCGGGGUUGAGGAAGUUUGAACACACCAAAGACGUUACUGUUGAUGAGGUUUAUUACUUCCCCAAACCGCUGGGCCCGCCGCCCCUCGCGUCUUCUCAUGAGGUAAACACGUCCUUCACACAGAAGACAUUCAACCCGAAUGUUAAUGCUGACUCCUUGGAUGGCAAGCCACAGUUCACCAACUUACUGAACACAACACUCGGCAGUCAGGAUGUUGAAUUGUUGUUGGAGAACUCAUUGGAUGACUCCUCACUAGCAUCACCUGCUACACCACUGUCUAUAGGUGGUAACAGUAAUCCAUAUAAUCCAUCGAUGACUUCAAACCAAGAACGUUCAAGCACAACAACAGCCACACCGGCUAGCAGCAAGAAGAAGAAAGAACAGAAACAGAAGAUAGUCACCGGAUACAUACUGUACUCGAGUGAAGUUAGGAAAGCAAUAGUAGCUAAUAAUCCUGAAUCUACCUUCGGUGAGAUAUCUCGUAUAGUCGGCAACGAAUGGCGAUCACUACCCGCCUCUACUAAACAGAGCUGGGAGGAACGUGCGGCGCGCUGCAACGAAGAGACUUCGGCCAGGCUGGCUGAGGAGAUGAGGGAGCUGUCGCAACAUACUCCUAUGGAGAUGACUUACGAGUGUGCCUGGGACACGUGCGACUAUCAGUUUGAAGAUCUGUCAGACUGUAUGGAACAUUGUAUCGGAGACGGGGGAAAUAUGAUUGGAACGUAUAUUGAAACGAAGAAGAAUAAAUUAGAACCGGGUCACGUGCAGCAACACUAUGUCCGCGGCGGCGGGGAAUUCCCGUGUUUGUGGAGGUCAUGCGCCAGGGUCAGAAAGGGUCAGGCGCCCUUCCCUAACCUGCCGAGAUUAUUGAGACACGUGAGGGAUCUACACGUUAAUAAAGGCAACGGGAAGACUAUGGCUGUACAUGAGAGAUCCAGAAAUUUCGUUCCUUCAUCUAAGAAGCCACCCAAGCCGUAUUUCACCAGAAGCGGCCUUAUGUCUCCGGGAGGUUCUUUAUCAGGUAUGUCUCCUAUGGCGAGGAAUACUCCUUCUCCCGGCCCGGAAUCUUCAAGGUCUGGUCUGGACCCGCUGUUUGUGGCCGCGCCGCCUCGCGCACAACGAGUUACACACUCAGAGGCUUAUAUACGAUACAUCGAAGGUCUUCAUUCCGAACAGAAGUAUAUAACGCCGUGGGAGAAAUCUCUAACACCCAUGCCAGUUAACAUUGACCCUUCGCAAUUCAAUCUACAUAAGCUACCCACUCAUUGGAUGACAGACGAAGCGGUCAACGGUUACUUACAACAAGACAAGAAUCUCACAGAAACCGACAUACAGAAAAUGGAUCAAUCUACUAAAGUAUUAAAAGGUCUCUGCGCACUCAGAGACUUCAUGAUGAGAGAUGCCUUAGCUGUAUAUAAGAGUUAUUGA